AUGGGCGCGGCGACGCGACCGCUCGGCGCCCCGCCGCCGUCCAAGCCGCCGAGAGGAAAGGUCGCGUGCGAGCACCCCGGAUGCGGCAAGGAGUUCGCGUGGGCGCAGGACCUCGCGAAGCACGUCCGAAGAGCGCACUCGGGCGAGGCGCCAAAGUUUCAAUGCUCGCACGACGGAUGCGAGAAGCGAUUCUACGAGCGGAAGCUCCUCGUCGCGCACGAGCGCACGCACACGGACGAGCGGCCGUUCGCGUGCGCGCACCCGGGGUGCGGUAAGACGUUCCGCGCGAGGAACUCGCUGACGUACCACGUCAAGGCGAUGCACUCGCGCGCCGAGACGCUGCGAUGCGACGUCGACGGGUGCGCGUUUACCACGAAAAAGCCUGAGCUGUUGGCGUCGCACCGCGCCAAGCACGCGCGGCGCGUCACGGAGCGCGCGUGGAAG